AGCCAGGUAGCGAAGAGUUGGCGCGUGCCUAGGUGGGGCACGGUACAAACACGCAAUAGAAAACUUACCCAUGAUACCAUAGUAUGUUUCCGACUUCUUCAUCCAAAUCGCCGGACCACAAGACCGGUCCUUCGCCACGACCAACCUUACCGAUUGCGGAGCGGCCAGCUUGGACGAGUCGAUUUCGCGCCCUUACAACGUCGGCCGGCUUUCCGAUUCUCUUAUCAAGCUCCAUCUCCUAUUUCGCCGGCGCAUUCCAUUGCGGUCGCUCAAACCUUUGCAGCCGCAAUUUGGGGCCUCGCUUUCUCGGCCUACUAGGUGGUAAUCUAUCCCAAAUCUUCAGAAAUCUGAACUGCGAUAGCCCGUCCUGUUUGACCACAUUCCUCCAUAUCGGCGCCGAUGGGCUGACAAGUUGCCCGAAGCGGUUCUAUGAGCGUGCCGUGUCAGGUGGGAAAGUCAAGUCAGUGCUACGGGUGUUUCUUCGUUGUCGCCUUGCUCGCUGCUUCCGCGUUGAGGACCAUGUUCAAUGGAUUGAUAGCGCCCAAUCACACAAGUACAACCCGAGAUUACAUAGUUACCAUGCUCAAACCUGUGGCUACACAGAGACCGUAAUACAGACUUUCAACUCGGAACAUGGCAAUUUCCUGUUGCGUAUUCUUGGUUGGUAUUCACAGUCUCCACCUCAAGCCCCAUCUUCGUUUUGUCCUCAUGAACGACUUCGACGGCUGUGCGUGUCUUUUACUCUCACGGCUUGCUGAUUGAGUUCCACCCGUUUCAAGCCCAAGGAGGCUGUCGAGAUCCCAUGGAACAUCUCGAAUUGUCUAGCGCCCAAUAGGCACAGUGCGGUAUAUCAAGGUUGGAAGUCAGGUACAUUCGUGCUAUCUCCAGCCGAAGCCGGAGACUUCUGUGCUAGAAUCAUCGUCAUCUUCUCGUAGGUGGACAAGAAGCUCGAUGAACUGAACAGCCUCAUUAGUCAUUGAUUCUGACGGCAUAUGACGAAUAUGCUG